AUUUUUCAAUUCCCCUAUUUCUUUUUCCUCCAAACUUUAUCCAAACUAUCUUAUAGUUUAUAGAACAUAGUAUACUAUUUAGUUUAAUCAUGUCUGAAUAUAUCCUUGUCACUGGUGGUGCUGGUUACAUUGGUUCUCAUACCGUUGUUGAGUUAAUUAAUAAUGGACAUAAAGUUGUGGUUGUUGAUAAUUUAGUCAAUUCCUCUUAUGAUUCAAUUGCAAGAGUUGAAUUCAUUGUCAAACAGUCAAUUCCAUUCUUCAAUAUUGAUCUUAGAGAUCAUGAUAAGUUGUCUGAAGUUUUUAAGGCUUAUAAAAUCAAAGGUGUCAUUCAUUUUGCUGCUUUAAAGGCUGUUGGUGAAUCUACCAAAAUUCCUUUAGAUUAUUAUGAUAAUAAUGUCAAUGGUACCAUCAGCUUAUUAAAUGUUUUGAAAGAACACAAUGUCAAAACCAUUGUAUUCAGUUCUUCUGCCACUGUUUAUGGUGAUGUUACAAGAUUCGGUGACGAUAGAUACAUUCCAAUCCCUGAAGAAUGUCCUCUUGACCCAACUAACCCAUAUGGAAGAACAAAAUUUGUGGUUGAAGGAAUCUUAAAGGACAUACAUACCAGUGAUCCUGACAAUUGGAAAGUUGCUAUUUUGAGAUAUUUCAAUCCAAUUGGUGCUCAUCCAUCUGGUUUAAUUGGUGAAGAUCCAUUAGGUAUUCCAAACAAUUUAUUACCUUAUUUAUCUCAAGUAGCUAUAGGUAGAAGAGACAAAUUAUCUAUUUUUGGUAAUGACUAUAAGAGUCACGAUGGUACUCCAAUCAGAGAUUACAUACACGUUGUUGAUUUAGCUAAGGGUCAUAUUGCAGCUUUGAAUUAUUUGCACAAACUCAAUGAAAGUGGUUUAUAUAGAGAAUGGAAUUUGGGUACUGGUAAAGGUUCUACUGUUUUUGAUAUUUACCACGCAUUCAGUAAAGCAGUUGGAAAACAAUUACCUUAUGAAGUUGUUGGUAGAAGAGCAGGUGAUGUUCUUGAUUUAACUGCUAACCCAUCCAGGGCUAAUAAAGAAUUGGGAUGGAAAGCUGAAUUAGAUAUUGAAACUGCUUGUGAAGACUUAUGGAGAUGGACAACUAAAAACACCCAUGGGUUUAAUGUUGAAGGUUAUUCAUGGAAGACUUUUGAAAGUGAUGGAAACUAUGGUAAUAGAUUACACACUUUUGUUAAUGGAGAUUUAACUGUUGCUUUGGCCAACCAUGGUGCUUUAAUUCAAGAUAUCAACUUUGAUGGUGACCAUAUUGUCAAUGCUUAUGAUAAUGGUGAUGAUUACUUAUUAAAAUCAAAUCCAUUCUUUGGAACCACUGUUGGACGUGUAGCCAAUAGAAUUGCAAAUGGUCAAUUCGAAUUAAAUGGUAAAACUUAUAAUUUACCUAAAAAUGAAAAUCAAAACACUUUACAUGGUGGUCUUGUUGGUUAUGACAAAGAAAACUUUUUAGGACCAAUUGUUAAGAAAGAAAAGGAUGUAUUCAUUGUUGAAUUCUUAUUAGUUGAUCCAGAUGGAAAGAAUAAUUUCCCAGGUGAUGUUGAAAAUAUUGUUAGAUAUUUUAUUGACAAUAAAUCCAUCAAGAUCGAAUAUGAAGCUAGAUUACUUAAUGAUAAAGUUGAUGCUACUAUCAUUAACAUCACCAAUCACUCUUAUUUCAACCUUUCUGGUGAUGCUACUACAGAUGAUACAGUAGUUAAAUUAAGUUAUGAUAACUACUUAGAAGUUGAUGCAAAGACUUUAUUACCUACUGGUAAUGUUAUUAAACAUGAUAGAGUUGAUGCCAACAAACCAAUCACUUUAAGUGAAGACACCUUUUAUGAUUACUGUUUUGUUGUUGACAAUGAUGCUGAUGCUAUUGAUACAAGAUCUCACGAAUUAAAGAAAGUAUUUGAAGCUACCCAUCCAAGAUCUCAUACUAAGUUCGUUGUGUCUACUACUGAACCAACUUAUCAAUUCUACACUGGUGUAGGUGUUAAUACUAAGGGAUUCGUUGCUAGAAGUGGUUUCUGUGUUGAACCAGGUAGAUUUGUUGAUGCUAUCAACAAUAAAAAAUGGGCUCCACAAGUUAUCUUAAAGAAAGGUGAAGUCUAUGGUAGUAUUAUUCAAUAUGACUUGUCUAAAGUUUAAAAUGACGUAGUUUAAAUAAAAUAAAAUAGGAUUUUUAAAAAUAAUAUAUGAUUUAUAUAUACUAUA